AUGUCGCAGUCCCAGCGUCAAGCCUCCUGGCGUCAAGGCCCUUCCGGACCGCCUAGAGCAUACCGAGAAGGCAACAACAGACACCGAAAUGACUUGGUCCUGGUCGACAGUAUGGCCCUUCAGACAGUCAAGAUAACCGGCAGCAACAAGGUUCCUGGCCUCUCCGUGCACAGCGACAGCAGCGGCGGAGGAAGACAGCUCAACAUCUACACCAAGCUUGCUGAAGCGAAGAGCACCAUUUGCUUCAAGGUCGACAGCGAAGAUGCUGCUCUUCAGGCGUAUCGUCAAGUCCGAGAUAUGAAUCCCUCGGCGCCUGUGGGAGGCAUCAUUUUUAGCGUGGCUCCAAAGGCGGACAACCAGUUUGUUGAUGUCAAGACCAUUGACUGGUCAUCUAUGGUCGCCCCUCGCUCUGAAGAGGCCUCUGAUGGCUGGUCGGACCUUGAGGAAACGCUCUUCCAGGCUCUUCUUGCCAAACGUCCUGGUAAAGACGCAACCUCGACUCCCGCCAAGGAUACCGAGUCCAUCGACAGCGCUCGUUCCCUGUUUGGAUCUACUCCUGUGAAGAACACCCGGGUUGCCGACAGUCCUCAUUCCGCGUUUGGAUCCAUUCCUGCUGAGGACACCCAGUCCAUCAGCAGCAUUGGUUCCACGCUUGGGAUUCCUUUGAGGCGCACACGUUGA